GGAGAAACCGUUUAAAUGUCAUGAGUGUGGGAAAUAUUUCAAUAGAAAUUCCAACCUCAUUAGACACCAGAGAAUUCACAGAGGCGAGAAACCCUUUGAAUGUCCUGACUGUGGUAAAAGUUUCGCUCAGAAUUCUCAGCUUAUGAGACACCAGAGGACUCACACUGGUGAGAAACCCUUUGAAUGUCCUGAUUGUGAGAAAAGUUUCUCUCAGAAUUCCCAACUCAUGAGACACCAGAGGACUCACACAGGUGAGAAACCCUUUGAAUGUCCUGAUUGUGAAAAAAAAUUCACUACCAAUUCCAACCUUAUUAGCCACCAGAUGAUUCACACAGGUGAGAAACUCUGUAAAUGUCUUGAAUGUGGGAAUAGUUUUAGUCGGAAUUCUGACCUUAUUGCACACCAGAGGACUCACACAGGAGAGAAACCAUUCGAAUGUCCUGUUUGUGGGAAAAGUUUUAGUCGUAAUUCCAGCCUGGUGAUACACCAGAGAACUCACACAGGAGAGAAACCCUUUGAAUGUCCUGAUUGUGAGAAAAGUUUCAGUACCAGUUCCAGCCUGGUGAAACACCAGAGGACUCACACCGGUGAGAAACCGUUUCAAUGUCCUGUUUGUGGGAAAAGUUUCAGUGAGAAUUCCAGCCUAGUGAUACACCAGAGAACUCACACAGGCGAGAAACCCUUUGAAUGUCCUGAUUGUCAGAAAAGUUUCAGUACCAAUUCCAGCCUGGUGAAACAUCAAAGAACUCACACAGGAGAGAAACCCUUUGAAUGUCUUCACUGUGGGAAAAGUUUCAGUGAGAUUUCCAGUCUGGUUAAACACCAGAGGACUCACAGGAGAGAAACCAGGAUUCAUACAGGAGAGAAACCCUUUCAAUGUCCUGAUUGUGGGAAAAGCUUCAGUAAGAGUUCCCACCUCACUAGCCACAAGAGGAUUCACACAGGAGAGAAACCCUUUAAAUGCCCUGACUGUGGGAAAUGUUUCAGUCAGAAUUCCCACCUUAUUAGUCACCAGAGGAUUCAUACAGGAGAGAAACCCUUUGAAUGUCCUGAUUGUGGGAAAAGUUGCAGUAAAAGUUCCAAUCUCAUUAGCCACCAGAGGAUUCACACAGCAGAGAAACCCUUUGAAUGUUCUGAUUGUGGUAAAAGUUUCACUCAGAGGUCCCAACUCAUGAUACAUCAGAGGACUCAUACAGGAGAGAAACCCUUUAAAUGUCCUGAUUGUGGGAGAAGUUUCAGUCAGAAUUCCAGCCUGGUGAGACACCAGAGGAUUCACACAGGAGAGAAACCCUUUGAAUGUCCUGAUUGUGGGAAAAGUUUCAGUCAGAUUUCCAGUCUGGUUAAACACCAGAGGACUCACACAGGAGAGAAACUGUAUGAGUGUCCAGACUGUGGGAAAGAUCUCAGUACUAGGUUUAACCUUCUAAAUCAUAUGCUUAUACACAUAGGGGAGAAACCAUUUAAGUGUCCCAAGUGUGGACGGUCCUUCAGGCAACAUUCCACCCUUAUUGCACACAGGAAAAUUCACCUCACAUGAUGAGUGUAGAGAAGGCUUGAAUUUCAUUUCUAAUGUCCCGUUUUAAGUCCAGCUGAAAAACUGACUAUUUAAUUUGACUACAAAGAAUUUAUAAUGGUAUUGGGCUGAUUUUUAUUUUUGCAAAUAUGUAAUGAUAUUAGAUAGGAGAAAUAAAUUGCAACAUAGCGUGAUAAUGGUUAUCUGGCCAUCAGCAGAAGUGGUUGCUGGAUAUUUAUUUUUGCAGAAAUUGUGCAAUUUUGUAAAAAUAUUUUGGGAGCGUUUUUUUGCAUUUUUAUCAUGGGAGAUGAUAGAAAUGCCACCUACAGAGUCCCAGCCUUUUUCUUCCUUGCCUAUCCUAAGAUUUUCAGCCUCCAAAUUCCCCAGCCAGUAUCUCUUGGGGAUUGGAGAACUCGGACUAUAGUUAGAGCUUGUGGCUCCUCAUAUAAGGAGAAAGCGAGAGAAGAGAAGUAGAGGAGUUUCAACCUUCAUUUUUUCCUAACAGUUCCAGGAAUUCAAUCACGACUGUUCAGAUUGUGUCACGAAUGAGGCACGCAAGUGGAAGAAACCAUAUGAAUAGCAAAUAUAUUGGGGAGUUUGGGGCAAUGACUAAAUCAGUGUAAAAUUUCAGAUGUAAAUGCCGUUGUGCCUUGCAGGUGACUGUCAAAGGUAUGGUAUGGGGAAAGUAGGAUACAUGGUUACUUUCAAAGACACUAUAUAAGAAAUGUUUUUUUGUUCAUUUGGGAGAAAAUUAGAGAACAGCAUUAUUUGAAGAUACCACUUUGGCUUUCAACAAUGGAAGCACUUGUUCAUCCAAAUUUAUAUAUAUAAAAGCAAAAAGCACUCACGCCAUAAUCAUGAAAUCUCCAGAACGUAAAAGCCUACAAACUUGAAAUUUACCAUGUAUGUUCCUCUUGGGUUCUAGGUGCUCAUUAAGAAAGGAUUUUUUGAAAUGAUCAUCAGAUCAUUAGUAUUUCCUAUAUUAUUAUAACACACACUGAUGUUAUAUGUUAAAUGUUCUACUCCCCCUCCCAACUUGAAAAUAACUCUGGAGAGAAGGAGAUAGUAUAGGACAGGCUUCCGUCGGGCAAAGCUGAGGGAGAGAAGGCUAGAAAGCCUGAGGGAGAGAAGAGGUGUCAGGGAAUGUAGAUUUAAUAGCUGUAAGCUGAUGGAAAGUUGUAAGCGGAAGCAACUGAAAGCUGAUGCAAUGGGAAUGAUUCAGCAAUUGGAAUCGCUGGUUUAAAACUCUGAUGGGGUCCACACAAGACUGUUACCAUUUUAAGAGGUGUCAGGGAAUGUAGAUUUAAUAGCUGUAAGCUGAUGGAAGGUUGUAAGCGGAAGCAACUGAAAGCUGAUGCAAUGGGAAUGAUUCAUCAUUUGGAAUCGCUGGUUUAAAACUCUGAUGGGGUCCACACAAGACUGUUACCAUUUUAAGAGGUGUCUAUAUAUAGAAUAGAAUAGAAUAGAAUAGAAUAGAAUAGAAUUUUAUUGGCCAAGUGUGAUUGGACACACAAGGAGUUUGUCUUGGUGCAUAUGCUCUCAGUGUACAUAAAAGAAAAGAUACAUUUAUCAAGGUACAACAUUUACAACACAAUUGAUGUUCAGUAUAUCGAUAUAAAUCAUAAGGAUUGCCAGCAACGAGUUAUAGUCAUACAGUCAUAAGUGGAAAGAGAUUGGUGAUGGGAACUAUGAAACGAUUAAUAGUAGUGCAGAUUCAGUAAAUAGUCUGACAGUGUUGAGGGAAUUAUUUGUUUAGCAGAGCGAUGGCCUUCGGGAAAAAACUGUUCUUGUGUCUAGUUGUUCUGGUGUGCAGUGCUCUAUAGCGUCGUUUUGAGGGUAGGAGUUGAAACAGUUUAUGUCCAGGAUGCGAGGGAUCUGUAAAUAUUUUCACGGCCCUCUUCUUGAUUCGUGCAGUAUACAGGUCCUCAAUGGAAGGCAGGUUGGUAGCAAUUAUUUUUUCUGCAGUUCUAAUUAUCCUCUGAAGUCUGUGUUUUUCUUGUUGGUGACCAUUAGAGGGCAUCUCUCUCUCUUGUGUAUCUUAUUGCUCUCCUUGUGUUCGUAGCUGUAUGAUAAGGUAUCUACCAUGUAUAUGUAUGUAUAUAUUUAGUUGUAUAUAAACUACUGUUAAUUAUCUAAAGGCUCUGUGUUCUGUGUGCUGUGUUUUGCUCCUGGGUUUAUCUCAUAAUACUAGUCACUGUGCAAAACUCUUAUAAGGUGAUAGGAUAGGGGAGGAUUCUGUGGGGCAAGGCUGAGGGAGAGAAGGUGAUAGUAUAGGACAGGCUUUUGUGGGGCAAGGCUGAGGGAGAGAAGGAGAUAGGAUAGGAGAUGUUUCUGUGUGGCAAGCCUGAGGGA